GGAGCUGCACUGACACAACUGUGGAGGAGUUGUUGGAAAUCCCCCACAGGAGUGUCGCUGGGUGGAACUGGAAGUAAGGUGGAACCACGGUGGAACCUCGCCGUCAAUCACAUCAUAAAUGCAGAGCUCUCGAGAAGUGGCACCUACUCUGCCGGCUGCUGCGGUUUCGCUUUUAAAACGAUGUGAACAUCAGAACUGAAACUAUAGUGUAACUGGAAAUGUCCUCACGCCCAAAGGGGAAUCGAACCUGUGAUUUCUGGACAAACUCUUGAGGUGGUCAGCGUUUGGAGGCGGAACAAGGCGAGCGCCGCAUGUGCACUUGGAGGGAAGGAAGCUCACCUUCCUCCUAUGAAACUGGUUUUACUUGGAAAUCCAAAACAAGGCCAUCCAAAUGGCAGGGAAAGACUACAAUCAUCUCUUUAAGCUGCUCAUCAUCGGAGACUCCAAUGUGGGAAAAAGCAGCCUCCUGCUCCGCUUCGCAGACAACUCCUUCUCAGGCAGCUACAUCACCACCAUCGGCGUGGACUUUAAGAUCCGGACGGUGGAUAUCGACGGGGAGCGGGUGAAGCUGCAGAUCUGGGACACGGCGGGGCAGGAGAGGUUUCGAACCAUCACCUCAACGUACUACAGAAACACCCACGGCGUCAUCAUCGUUUACGACGUGACAAAUCCAGAGUCGUUCGUAAAUGUUAAGAGGUGGCUGAAUGAAAUCUCCCAGAACUGUGACAGCGUCUGCAAGAUCCUGGUGGGGAACAAGAAUGACGACCCUUCCAAGAAGCAGGUGGAUGCCCAGGAUGCUUUGCGUUUUGGGGAGUCGGUGGGUGUCCGUGUCUUCGAGACGAGUGCCAAAGAGAACAUAAAUGUUGAAGAGAUGUUCAUGGCCUUCACCCUCAUGGUGCUCCGGGCCAAGAAGGAGAGCCAGAACAGAGUGGAGAGGGAGCGGGAACGGGAGAAGGACACGGUGAACAUCAACGCCCAGCGAGACCGAGACCGCAGGAAGAGGGGGAAGAAAUGCUGCUGAGACGCCGCUUCCGCCCACAGCAUUCGGCUGAGACUGAACUCUGUGCCUUCGAGGCCGUCUCUCACUGCAGAUAUGAAUGUGUGGAGCUACAGCACAGCAGGCUGUAGCUCUCGCUGUGCCUGAGGGUCUACAGUCGGCCAGCACUGAAUGCAAGUAGCAGCCAGGAGGUCACAUGACCUAAAGGAUCAUUCUGGUGUUUAUGCUUUUUUUAAAUUUUCUAACCAGA